AAAGUAUAUUCUGCUGAAACAGCUUCAGACUCGUUUAUUUCUCCACGGCACAGUAGUAUUACUAUUUCUUCCUUGUUUAUGCGCUCCCAUGAACUCAUCAAUCAAACUAAAUCAAUCCCCAAUUUACUCUAAAAAAUCUCUCGAUCAAUGACCUUAUCGAAUAAUUAAUCGCGAUUCCCGAGGCCAUGGAAACAACCGCAGCACAGUUCCCUAGGCAUCAUAAUCACCACCAUCACAAUCACAAUCAACAACUUCCCCGAGUUUUUUCCGGCGAAAUGAUUGCACGGCAACAACACUCCGACAAUGACCGCAGCAACGAUUGCAAUCUGACGUCACUCUGCGAUCAUGUCCAGUUAGAAGGUUUCAAUAAUGGCACGUUCUCCGAUGUUGUUGUUCAUGCUAUGGGCUCCACUUAUCAUCUCCACCGCCUCAUUCUCUCUCGCAGCUCCUACUUCAGAAACAUGCUUCAUGGACCUUGGAGAGAAGCCAAUGCUCCAGUUUUGUCUUUGCAUGUGGAUGAUAACAAUGUUAAUGGGGAGGCAAUUGCUACAGCUCUGGCAUAUCUUUAUGGACAUCACCCUAAGCUUAAUGAUGAUAAUGCAUUUCGUGUUCUGGCAGCAGCAUCAUUUCUUGACCUUCAGGAUUUAUGUGCAAUCUGCACUGACUUCAUCAUAUCUGAACUAUGGACUUCAAAUUUCUUAGCAUAUCAGGUGUUCGCAGAGAGCCAAGAUUAUGGUAUACACGGAGAACGUGUUAGGAGUGCUUGUUGGGGAUACCUUUGUCAGAGUGGCGCCUUGGAGUUAAGAGAGGUGCUUCCGAAGCUUUCCUCUCAGACCUUGCAUGCAUUGCUGACUUCAGAUGAAUUAUGGGUGCCCAGUGAAGAAAAACGGUUUGAACUGGCGUUAUACACUCUCGUCGCCAAAGGUGCACCUUGCAAGGCAGAACAUGGAGAGGAAGGAAGUGCCAAUCCUGAUAUAGUACCACAUACUAGUUUUGAAUAUCAAAAGUCAAAAGGAAAAGAGGUGGUAAGUGACAGCUCUAGUAUUAUAUUAGAAUCGGACAUGGGCAGACUAAGAGUCAAAGAUCAACUUGAAGGUGAAAGUACUCCUGGUAACGAUUUGGUUGAGCUUGCAAAAGGUGUAAUUCAUUCCUGCAGAGAGCAACUUGAGCCCAGCAAGCAGCUGCAACAAGCAUCUGCAUGCACUCAGUCAACUUUGGAGCCAAGAUCUCAAUGUAACAAUGAACGGACUUCAUCAAAAAAUUCCUGUUCAUAUACUGCUGAAAUGAGAUCCAACUGUUCAUAUCUUGAAGUCCCAACCAGUGCCAGAGCUAACUUACUUUGUAAUGAUGGUGUUGCCAUGGAAGGACCAUCUGAAGAAGGUUCAUGCUACCAAUCGAACAAUAAUAAUUGGCUUACAGGGGAACAAAGGCCGUGCAAUGCUAUGAACUCUUCCUGCGACGGAAUCAUGUCCAGUGAAUGGGGAAGAUGCAGCAUGCCUCCUCUAUCAUGGGGAGGUAGAAUUGUGGGUCGCAGAGAUUUAAAAACUUGUGUUAAAGGAAUAUGUGGGUUGAGUGGAGAAGAUUAUGAUGCAUUUGUCAAUAUAUUCGAAGGAGGCUCUCUUUUGUAUUCCAACAUGACAUUUGAGGCACUCUUAAAUGUUAGAAAGCAGCUUGAAGAAUUGGGGUUUCCAGGCAAAGCUGUGAAUGAUAGUCUCUGGCUGCAGAUGCUCCUGAGUCAGCGGGUGCUGGAGAUUGGUGCUGACACUUGCAAAAAUUGCUGCCUUGUCAGCAUGGUGUGUGCAUGUAGGCAGCCAUAUGGGUAUUCACGCGGCAUUCCUUCCUCAGGUUAUUACAUACAAGAGCAUGACCAGCAUAUAUCACCAAGCAAUAUAGGAAAUCUGUAUGUCACUGAUUCUGCUCAAGGUGAAGGCAGUGGGCUAUUUCGGCCUGUACGGGUGCAUGUAAAUAGAGGAGGGCCUAAUGAUGGGUUAGCUGGUAUUGGACGUGGAACUACGUUUGUUCCAGCAGCUGCCUGGCCACCUACACGCUUUGUAUUUUCUCGAGUUCCUUUUGGUGCGGGUAACCGUAACUGCCAGCAGACUCUUGGUAAUGAUGAUUCAGAUAAUAGAGCUGAUCACAAUGCAGAUGGGGUUGGGGAUGGGUUGACAGCUUUAGUUGGGCUUAGCCAAGGAGUGAGCAGCAUGUCCAGUGUUCAUGGGGAGCAAACAGAGAGGGGCUAUGAGACAGAUUUGCAAGGGGGACUAAUAGGUCAUUCAGUUUCUGCUUCUACAACUCCAGGGAUUUCUGUGCAGAUGUUGGAUUCGCCAGAGCAGGCCAUUGGAGUUGAGUGGGAGAAUGCGAAUAGCUCGAUAUCAUUGGAUAUGAAAACACCUUUAAGCCACUUUCCUCCCUUUCGCUUCUCGGUCGAAUUUGAUGAUGUACACAGGCUUAGUGACGGCCAAGUGAAACACUCCCCGGAAGUUUUUUAUGCUGGUUCCUUAUGGAAGGUUAGUGUUCAGGCUUUUAAUGAUGAAGACCCCCAAGGAAGACGAACUCUUGGAUUGUUUCUUCAUCGGAGGAAGGCAGAGAUAAAUGAUCCUCUUAAAAAGGUUCAUAUGUAUGUGGAUACUCGUGAAAAGGUUACAGCUCGUUAUCAGCUUAUUUGUCCAUCCAAAAGAGAAGUGAUGGUUUUUGGAAGCUUAAAACAGAGGGGAACACUUCUACCAAAAGCUCCAAAAGGAUGGGGCUGGCGCACUGCUUUGUUAUUCGAUGAGCUAAGUGAUCUUCUGCAAAAUGGGGCUUUGCGGAUAGCUGCUAUCGUGCAGCUCAUUUGACUUAACACUAGGUGGAUCAAAGUGCUCUGGAUUCCUUUGAUGGUUGGUCAAACUGUAGUUGUGCAUUAUCGUUUAUUACCCCAAGUCCCUAACCUGUAAUGUUUUCUGUGCAUCGCAUUUCAACAGUUUGAGAAAGGAAAAAAAAAGGUAGCACCAGCCAUUCAUAUGUUAGUAAUCACCAGGUUUAAAUUGCAGUUGUAAAAGGUAGAUUUAGAAUGUGUGGAUUAUUCUGACAUGGAUUUUGCGAAGAAAUCAGUUGUGCUGAUUUCCGUGGUAAUUGAUGCUUGACUCAGUUUUAUAAUA